AUGUGGUGGUUUAAAAACUGCGCAAUGGCGAUGUUUUUGUCUUUGGUUGUUUUCGUUUUAACUUGUUACUCCGUUCAAUCGCAUCCACAAUGCCUUGAUUCUCAGCCGCCAUUCAAGCCAAACGCAAAGCGUAUGUGGUGUAAAGAUUCCUUCAAACUGGGCUGCUGUACGAAGCGAGAUGACAGCAAAUUAAAGGCGCUCUACGAUACCGCUUUAAAAACCGUUAACGCUCAAAACAAAAGCCAAUGCAAGAGAUAUUUGUCCAAAGUCGUCUGCCUGAAAUGUCACUCGUGGUCAGCGCAUAUAUACGACGUAGAAGCGAAUCCAAAUUACAACGCGAAAGCCGCGCUACCUUGUCUAGGUUGGAAAUUUUGUACGAAUUUCGUAACGCAUUGCGCGCAAGCGAUCGAGUAUAUCUACGGAGCCGCGAUGAAGACUCGCAACAUUACUCUGGGUGAUUUUUGUCGCGAGUCUGAGGUAGCGCUUAAUAAGGAUUUAUGUUAUCCCAAAAUAAAGAAAACCGUUCGACAAUUGAAGAAUUCUAAACCAGAUAACAUUGCCAGGGGACUGAAUGCCACGCAGAAAGGUUGUUUAUGUGUACGCGAGGUUUGUAUCGAAAGGUCUUUUAUAUUAUGAUAUUUGAGUGUGUUAGUUUUAAAUUGAUUAGCCAUUAGUUUUUUUCAGAAUUUUUUACAGUAAUUAAUUAUAGCCGUUGCCAACCAAUGCUUGGUUACCUUUGUUCCAUUCUAUGCUUACAUUAUCAGAACAGUGGUACCUAGCAGUGGCGUGCUGGGUACUAUUUUUCUGGGGGGGGGCAGUGGGCUAUCAACUAUUAUGCACCCCUAUAUAUUGCAACGCUUGAUAAACGAGGGCCGAUGGCACGAGCCUCGAGCACAGCUGGUGCGCGGUUUCUCUAUAGGGGGGUCCAGGGGCAUGCCCCCUCGGAAAAUUUUUGAAUUUAGGGUCUCUGAAAUGCCGGAAGGUUUGACAGAAAUCUAAUGGUGAGGAAACGGCAUUAUAAUACGUGUUGAAAUUCGCAAUUUGGUUAGAAUUUAAUUAAUUCCAGCGAUUAAUCUACUCCCAAUUCUAUUCUCUACUGACUCAAUCUGAAACAUUUACAACUUACAGCUCUUUCAUACAAUAACACAAGGACCCCACGCAUAUGCAUUUUAAGGUUACCUUGCUUGGCUGCCAAAAGGAUGCGUUUUAGCAUUAUCUUAUUACUUACGUUACUCAUGAGUCAAAUGUUUCUUGUACAAACAACUAAAUUGAGUACACAACUUUACAUUAUCAUAACUAUCUAAUUUGCGCCGCUCUCGUGAUUCGUGAAGCAAAUAAAGGACAUAAUAUAAGGGCAUAAUACCAGCAAAAAAGGGCAUAAUUCCCAUGAUCGCUUUGAAACCUGACCAAUAUUCUGGUAAUGAGACAUUGCGUGUGAUCACUGAUCAUGUUUCUAUAUGAACGAUUUUGUGUGAGCCGUGACUCAAAUACGGUUAGACAAAAUAGUCUGUAAUUUAAUAUAUCACUUUGUCGUCUAUGCGCUUAGUCUGUUUAUAAGCCUAUAAACACAUCUUUUCUUGGCGGAAGUAACUAUAUUUUGUCAAAUGUGUUUUUCCCACCCACUUUCAAAAUUCCGCGCCGGAUCGGCGCCCCCUUUUCAUUUUUGCGUCCCCCAAGAAUUGCCAGCUGUGGGGGGGGGGGGCGUAGCCCCCCGCGGCCUCCCCUGCCAGCACGCCACUGGUACCUAGACAUGUUGGGUUAUUAAUUCACUCACAUAUAUAAUUUAAAUGCUUGGUUACCUUUGUUCCAUUCUAUGCUUACAUUAUCAGAACAGUGGUAUCUAGGCACAAGUUAUCAAUUCACUCAUAUAUAUAUAAUUUGAGAGAAAAUAUACAAACAUAUUAAUCCUAUCUGUUUUGUAGGUGAUCCACAAUCUACGUAAUCCUUUAGCGUUACUUCAUGCGAAUGACCAAACCCACAGAAUGUUCAUAGUCGAACAAAUCGGACUGGUUUACGUAAUUUUACCCAACGAACGCAAACUAGACACGCCAUUUAUGGAUAUUAGAUCAAAAGUCUUAACCAGUUCAGCUUUUGGUGACGAACGUGGCUUACUUGGGAUGGUAUUUCACCCAAAAUACAGGGAAAAUGGUCGUCUCUUUGUUUAUUACAUCACCAAAAAAGUCGGCAACAAGAAGAAAACGGAUCCCAAAGAAUGGUGGUUGGGCACUAGUGUCGCAGUCCUUAGCGAGUGGCGGGUCUCUGGGGCGGAUUUGAAUCGUGUUGACCAGCACUCCGAAAAAGUUCUCAUGAGCAUAGAGCAACCUAAAGGCAAUCACAAUGGUGGCCAACUGUUGUUUGGUAAAGAUAAAUACUUGUAUGUUUUUCCUGGGGAUGGUGGCGCAGCCGGGGAUCCAUUUGGAAAGUUUGGAAAUGCUUUGAAUAA